UCGCCGGGCGCAGACCUCCCAGCGCAGGCUCCCGCUCGGGGGCUCCGCACGUCGACCCCCGGGCUGCGGCUGCCGCCGCGGGGCUUUUGGAGGAGGGCGCCGCGCCCCUCCUCCGGGGAUUUUCCUCGCGAUGGGCCUCCAGUGAUCUGCUUGCCGGUGUUGCGCGACUGAUUCCCUAAGCGUAUUUUUGUGGUAGUUCCUUUUUUUUUUCUUUAUCCCCAAAAACAUCAUCUAUAAAAUGGAGAACGAGAUUUUUACUCCCCUCCUGGAGCAGUUCAUGGCCAGCCCCUUGGUCACUUGGGUGAAGACGUUCGGACCGCUGGCCGCGGGAAGUGGGACCAACCUGGAUGAGUACGUGGCUUUGGUGGACGGGGUUUUCCUGAACCAGGUCAUGCUCCAAAUUAAUCCCAAAUCGGAGAAUCAGAGAGUAAAUAAAAAAGUCAACAAUGAUGCUUCACUUAGAAUUCACAAUCUAUCCAUUUUGGUGAGACAGAUAAAAUUUUAUUACCAGGAGACUUUGCAGCAGUUAAUUAUGAUGUCAUUGCCAAAUGUCUUAAUCAUUGGCAAAAAUCCUUUUUCUGAACAAGGCACAGAAGAAGUUAAAAAACUGCUUUUACUCUUACUGGGUUGUGCUGUUCAGUGUCAGAAAAAAGAAGAAUUUAUAGAAAGAAUUCAAGGAUUAGAUUUUGAUACAAAAGCAGCAGUUGCCGCGCAUAUUCAAGAGGUAACCCAUAAUCAAGAAAACGUAUUUGAUCUGCAAUGGAUGGAAGUGACAGAUAUAUCUCAGGAGGAUAUAGAACCCCUCUUGAAAAAUAUGGCACUGCAUCUAAAAAGACUUAUAGAUGAGAGAGAUGAACAUUCAGAGACUAUCAUAGAGCUCUCCGAAGAGCGAGACGGUCUUCAUUUUCUACCCCAUGCCUCUUCAUCUGCACAAUCACCCUGUGGCUCUCCGGGCAUGAAGCGAACAGAAAGCCGGCAGCAUCUGUCAGUGGAAUUGGCGGACGCUAAGGCCAAGAUAAGGCGGCUUAGGCAGGAACUGGAGGAAAAGACUGAACAAUUACUGGACUGUAAACAAGAACUUGAGCAAAUGGAAAUAGAACUAAAAAGGCUGCAACAAGAGAACAUGAAUUUGCUUUCGGAUGCUCGUUCUGCUAGAAUGUACCGAGAUGAAUUAGAUGCACUUCGAGAGAAGGCAAUCAGAGUUGAUAAACUUGAAAGUGAAGUCAGCAGAUAUAAAGAAAGACUACAUGAUAUUGAAUUUUAUAAGGCAAGAGUUGAGGAAUUAAAAGAAGACAAUCAAGUUUUAUUAGAAACAAAAACCAUGUUGGAAGACCAACUUGAAGGAACUCGGGCUCGUUCUGAUAAAUUACAUGAGUUAGAAAAAGAGAAUUUACAGCUAAAGGCUAAACUGCAUGAUAUGGAAAUGGAACGAGAUAUGGAUAGAAAAAAGAUUGAAGAAUUAAUGGAAGAAAAUAUGACUUUGGAAAUGGCACAGAAACAAAGUAUGGAUGAGUCAUUACAUCUUGGCUGGGAACUGGAACAGAUAUCUAGAACAAGUGAACUUUCUGAAGCACCACAGAAAUCCUUGGGCCAUGAGGUAAAUGAGCUGACAUCAAGUAGAUUGUUGAAGCUGGAGAUGGAGAACCAGAGUUUGACAAAAACUGUAGAAGAGCUUCGGAGCACGGUGGGUUCUGCAGAAGGCAGUGCUUCCAAAGUCCUAAAACUUGAGAAAGAAAAUCAACGGCUAAGUAAAAAGGUUGAAAUUCUUGGAAAUGAAAUUAUUCAAGAAAAGCAAAGUCUUCAGAACUGUCAGAAUUUAAGCAAGGAUCUAAUGAAGGAAAAAGCACAGCUUGAAAAAACAAUUGAAACACUUAGAGAAAAUUCAGAGAGACAGAUUAAAAUAUUGGAACAAGAAAAUGAACAUCUGAAUCAAACAGUGUCUUCCUUGAGACAGCGCUCCCAAAUAAGUGCUGAGGCAAGGGUGAAAGACAUUGAAAAAGAAAACAAAAUUCUACAUGAAUCAAUCAAAGAAACAAGUAGCAAGCUAAGCAAGAUUGAAUUUGAAAAAAGACAAAUUAGAAAAGAAUUGGAGCAUUAUAAAGAAAAGGGAGAACGAGCAGAAGAACUUGAAAAUGAGUUGCAUCAUCUUGAAAAAGAAAAUGAAUUACUACAGAAAAAAAUAACCAAUUUAAAAAUUACUUGUGAAAAAAUAGAGGCCCUAGAACAAGAAAAUUCAGAGCUAGAAAGAGAAAACAGAAAAUUGAAAAAAACGCUGGAUAGCUUUAAAAACCUUACUUUUCAGUUAGAAUCACUAGAAAAAGAGAAUUCCCAACUGGAUGAGGAAAACUUAGAAUUGCGAAGGAGUGUGGAAUCAUUGAAGUGUGCAAGCAUGAAAAUGGCUCAGCUACAACUAGAAAACAAAGAACUAGAAAGUGAAAAAGAACAGCUUAAAAAGGGUCUGGAGCUCAUGAAAGCAUCUUUCAAGAAAACAGAGCGCUUGGAAGUUAGCUACCAGGGAUUAGAUACAGAAAAUCAAAGGCUACAGAAAGCUCUGGAAAAUAGCAAUAAAAAAAUUCAGCAAUUAGAGAGUGAACUACAAGACUUAGAGAUGGAAAAUCAAACAUUGCAAAAAAACCUAGAAGAAUUGAAAAUAUCUAGCAAAAGACUAGAACAGUUGGAAAAAGAAAAUAAAUCAUUGGAGCAAGAGACAUCACAGUUAGAAAAGGAUAAGAAACAGUUGGAAAAGGAAAAUAAGAGACUUCGACAACAAGCAGAAAUAAAAGAUACCACAUUAGAAGAGAAUAAUGUGAAGAUUGGGAACUUGGAAAAAGAAAACAAAACCUUAUUCAAGGAAAUUGGUAUAUAUAAAGAAUCUUGUGUUCGUCUGAAAGAAUUAGAGAAAGAAAAUAAAGAACUUGUGAAAAGAGCAACUAUUGAUGUAAAAACUUUGGUUACAUUACGUGAGGAUCUGGUGAGUGAAAAAUUGAAGACUCAACAAAUGAACAAUGAUCUUGAAAAAUUAACUCAUGAGCUUGAGAAGAUAGGGUUAAAUAAAGAGAGACUCUUACAUGAUGAGCAAAGUACUGAUGACAGUAGGUACAAACUUUUGGAAUCAAAAUUGGAAUCCACUCUCAAGAAAUCCCUUGAAAUAAAAGAAGAAAAAAUUGCUGCUUUAGAAGCUCGAUUAGAGGAAUCCACAAAUUAUAACCAGCAGCUGCGCCAAGAACUUAAAACAGUGAAAAAAAACUAUGAAGGUCUCAAGCAGAGACAAGAUGAGGAAAGGAUGGUGCAGAGCUCCCCACCAGUGUCUGGGGAAGACAGCAAGUGGGAAAGAGAAAGCCAAGAGACGACCAGAGAGCUUCUGAAAGUUAAAGACAGACUAAUUGAAGUAGAAAGAAAUAAUGCUACACUACAAGCAGAGAAGCAAGCAUUGAAAACUCAACUGAAGCAGCUUGAAACACAGAAUAAUAAUUUGCAGGCUCAAAUUCUUGCACUUCAGAGGCAGACAGUGUCAUUACAGGAACAGAAUACCACUCUUCAGACACAGAAUGCCAAACUUCAGGUUGAAAAUUCCACCCUUAAUUCCCAAAGUACCUCACUUAUGAACCAAAAUGCACAACUCCUAAUUCAGCAGUCUUCCUUAGAAAAUGAAAAUGAAUCUAUAAUCAAAGAACGAGAAGAUUUGAAAUCUCUCUAUGAUUCACUUAUCAAGGAUCAUGAAAAGCUGGAACUUCUUCAUGAAAGGCAGGCUUCAGAGUAUGAAUCUCUCAUCGCUAAACAUGGAACUCUGAAGUCUGCCCACAAAAAUCUUGAGGCAGAACAUAAAGAUCUUGAAGACCGUUACAAUCAGUUAUUAAAACAGAAGGGACAAUUGGAAGAUUUGGAAAAAAUGCUCAAAGUGGAGCAGGAAAAAAUGCUGCUUGAAAGUAAAAACCAUGAGAUGGUAGCUGCAGAGUACAAGAAACUUUGUGGUGAAAAUGAUAGGUUGAAUCAUACAUAUAGUCAGCUUUUAAAAGAGACUGAAGUUCUACAAACUGACCAUAAAAACUUGAAAAGUCUCCUAAAUAAUUCUAAACUGGAACAAACAAGAUUAGAAGCUGAAUUCUCAAAGCUGAAGGAACAAUACCAGCAACUAGACAUCACAUCCACCAAGCUGAAUAACCAGUGUGAGUUGCUCAGCCAACUUAAAGGGAACUUGGAAGAAGAAAAUCGACAUCUACUAGAUCAAAUUCAGACAUUAAUGCUACAAAACAGAACACUACUGGAGCAGAACAUGGAAAGCAAGGAUCUUUUUCAUGUUGAACAAAGACAGUACAUUGAUAAGUUAAAUGAAUUAAGACGACAAAAGGAGAAAUUAGAAGAGAAAAUUAUGGAUCAAUACAAGUUUUAUGACCCAUCUCCUCCUAGAAGGAGAGGCAACUGGAUUACUCUCAAAAUGAGAAAAUUGAUAAAGUCCAAGAAGGAUAUUAAUCGAGAACGUCAAAAAUCUCUAACAUUAACACCUACCCGCUCAGACUCCAGUGAAGGAUUUCUUCAGCUGCCUCAUCAAGAUAGUCAAGAUAGUUCUUCAGUAGGGUCAAAUUCUUUAGAAGAUGGCCAAACCCUGGGGACCAAGAAAAGCAGCAUGGUUGCACUGAAAAGACUGCCCUUUUUGAGGAACAGACCGAAGGAUAAAGACAAAAUGAAGGCCUGCUACCGUCGUUCUAUGUCCAUGAAUGACCUGGUGCAGUCCAUGGUCCUAGCAGGACAGUGGACAGGUAGUACUGAGAAUUUGGAGGUUCCUGAUGAUAUUUCAACGGGUAAAAGGAGAAAAGAAUUGGGAGCUAUGGCCUUCUCUACUACAGCCAUCAACUUUUCAACUGUCAACUCUUCUGCAGGCUUCAGAUCCAAGCAGUUGGUUAAUAAUAAAGAUACUACAUCCUUUGAAGACAUAAGUCCACAAGGUAUUAGUGAUGAUUCCAGUACGGGAUCAAGAGUUCAUGCCUCAAGACCAGCCAGCCUUGAUAGUGGCAGAACAUCCACUAGCAAUAGUAAUAAUAAUGCUUCACUCCAUGAAGUCAAAGCAGGUGCAGUUAAUAACCAAAGCAGGCCACAAAGCCACAGUAGUGGAGAAUUUAGCCUGCUUCACGAUUAUGAGGCAUGGUCCAGCAGUGGAAGUAGUCCAAUCCAGUACUUGAAAAGACAGACCAGAUCAAGUCCAGUGCUCCAGCACAAAAUGCCAGAAUCACUAGAAACUCGAACACACCACAAGACAAAAACUGGUUCACCUGGAAGUGAAGUCGUUACUCUACAACAAUUUUUAGAAGAAAGUAACAAGCUUACCUCAAUACAGUUAAAAUCUUCAAGUCAAGAGAAUCUUUUAGAUGAAGUAAUGAAAAGUUUGUCUGUCUCUUCUGACUUUUUGGGAAAAGACAAGCCAGUUAGCUGUGGUCUGGCCAGGUCAGUAAGUGGAAAAACCCCAGGGGACUUCUGUGAUAGACGGACAACUAAGCCUGAGUUGGUGAGAGCUGGUUCUCGAAAGUCUGAAGAUGCCUACGUCAUUAGUUCUGCAGGAAAACCUACACCAGGCACUCAAGGAAAGAUAAAAUUUAUAAAAGAAACCUCUGUGUCACGACAAUCAAAAGAUAGCAACCCUUAUGCCACUUUACCUCGUGCAAGCAGUGUAAUCUCAACAGCUGAAGGGACUACACGAAGGACAAGCAUCCAUGACUUUUUGACCAAGGACAGUAGACUACCUGUGUCCACUGACUCAUCCCAGCCUGCUGCUGAUAGCAGCAUCACUGCAGCAUCUAAUGUGGACAAAAUACAAGAAAGCAGAAAUUCAAAAAGCAGGUCUAGGGAGCAACAAAGCUCCUAAUUCUAUUAUCCACUACAUGACAUGUGGGCCAAGGGAGAGAAAAAUGUCCUUCAGUUUUCAGUAUGAAGCCUUUAUUUGUGAAGUAACAAGACACACCUAGCAACUAUAGCACCAUUUUUUUAAAAAAUCUUUUAAGACUUUAAACAGUCCUUCGUGAAUAGAGCAGGCAAGAAAUACAAACCUUCAUUCCUUCCUUGAAUCAAGGAGCACUACUGGAUUCAACUGCCAAAAGUUCUAGAAAGUUUUAGGAUUGACCUAUACAUUGUAUCGUGUAUUGUUAAGGUCUGCUGAAUAAAGGACAUUCUCUCACUAAAGGUCAAGAGUUACAAGAAGUACUCCAAAUACAGUCUACUUUCUUCAUCAUUUGUUUAUGAAUUUAUCCAUGUUUGCUUAAUGCUCCUUCUAAGUAUUAGUCAAAAGCUACCCAUUUAGUUGUGUAAAUCUAAAUUAAAUCUGUAGUAUUUUGUGGAAUGUAUUAUAUAUUAAGAUGCACAGAAAAUUGUUUUAGCAUGUCAGAGCCUUUUCAGUUUGCAAACUGCAUGUGUUGGUACUUUUUUUUAAAGCAAUUACUUUGAUGCACUUCAAAAGAAAUUCAGUUAUAAGAUAAAUCUGAAAAAUCCAUAAUGAUAUAAGAGUUAUAAAAAUUUAGUUAUAUGAAUCUGCCCAUAUUCCUCACUAAGGUACACUAAGCAUUCAUACAUGGAUCCAAGAUAAAAGUGUUUUUCUGAAACUUUUUUUAGUAAGAUGGUUUUCCAGCAGAUAGCAUUACCAAGAUAAAGCUGUUGUGCUUUAACUCAUUUCACUUCUUUGCUAUUGGGUUAUGUAUGUGUGUUUUUUUUAACUGAAGAGCUGACUGUUGCUUAAGAAGUUUUCUUACAGCAAAAAAUAAUGUAAAUAAUGUACUAUGGUCUGCAUUUUGUCAGGAACUCAUUUAUUAAGAUUAUCAUUUCUUAAUAAGAAUUUUUGGGUUUUGUCCUUUAUAAUAUUACAUUAAAGUUGGUAACUUUUGAAAUAUUUGUAUGCAUUUGUUACCUUAAACAUUUGGAAGAAGCACAAAAAAGUAGAUUUAGUUAACCCAGAGAAACAUCAAUUUUUUAGUAAUUCCAAUUUUAUAGCACAGUUUUAUUUUCUUAUGAAGUCCAAAAAAUGCAUCAAUACGUAUUAGUGCAAAUUCAUUAUUUAACAUAAAUAUCAAAGUAAUCUUGUGAAAUGAGAAAUUAUUAUUUUUAACAGUAUACUUCUUAGGCUCUCAUUACCAGCUCUAAAGAACUUUUGGAAUUAUUCAGUACUCCAUAAUGUAUGGUUUAUAAACUAUGUGUAUCAUCACUAACCCAGUAGCCAUGAAACACACCCACCUCACCUCUUAGCCCCAUCUCUCUGGUAGCAGUGUUGUGUGUAUAGUUAUCUUUGGAAAGACUAUCAGUAAAAAAGAGACAGCAUGUUUAGUAGAGCAGAAAUUGAAAUGGAAGUUAGAGAAUUUGGAUUUAUUAACGCAAUGCCACCAUUAAUGUAGAUUUUACCAAUUAAUACUACGAUUUUGAAAUUCUUGGAUGAAAGGUGCUAUGUAAAUGUAAAUACAAAGGAAUCUUACUGAAAUACAAAUAUUGCACAACAAAAAUAUUAAAAAUCUAUUCUCUAGCCUUUAUCUCUCAUGACUCCCUGGAUUCAAGUAUCAAAUUAUUAAAUGGGUAUCAUGGCAGGCUAGAGACACUUGAUGUAAAAAGUGUGAGUUUAUUUUUGCUUGGGUAUGUUGGAAAUAAAUUUAGAAAAUUGUUUUAGCUAAAUACACUAAGUGGGUAACUUAGAUUUAUAUUAAGUAGCAUCUAAUUUGCACAACUAGGACACAUCCCAGGAGAAUUACUGAAAGCUGAAACCUAAUGUGCACAUGACAUCAGUUUGGCCUCUACAAAAUACUAAAAUCCUAAAAUAGAGAACCUGUUGAAUUAACCAUUAUCACUUCAACAGAAAGUGCUGAAUGAGGGGCUGGGGAUUUAGCUCAGCGGCACAGCGCCUGCCUGGCAAGCACAAGGUCAUGAGUUCGAUUCCCGGUACCGGGAACCACCCCACCCCCCGCUAAAAAAGAAAGUGCUGAAUGACAGCCUGUGAAGUACUAAAUCUGAAUAAACUGAUCCUGAGAAAAGACAAUUGAAGAAACAACCAAAGGAAUACACCGGGACUACAAAAAUUCAAAUACUCUCAAUUAUAUUCAUCACAUUUUUCAUGGCACUUCAAGAAAAGACUUUAGAUAAUAGCUACAUGAAUGUUUUCCUUUCUCCAAAAGCAACUCUCAGAAGCAGACUUCACAGAAAGCCUUUCUUUUCCCUUACAUAAACAUCUGCCAAGCAAAAUAGUAAAGCCACCUGGAACUAACCAGGACCAUAUUCCUCACUAGGACCUGGACGGUUUUAAGUAUCUGGCUGUAUUAUAAACACCUAAAAUGCUAAGGAAACUGCAAAAUUCAAUAUACUGGACUGAAAAGUUCAAUAUAGUGGGUAAUAGCUCUGGCCAGGAACUCCAAUAAUGUGUUUCAGAUCUAGCCAUGUGGAAAUGUUUUGGUUGAGGUUUUUAAAUUACUGGUUACCAAAGAGUUCAUAAGACAGGUUCACAUGUAGCACCUUUCAUGCAAGGCAUGGUAAAAACCUGAUUUAAAAAAAUAUCACUGCACAUUAUAGAAUAACAGCCACUUAGAAGUACUACAGCCUGUACUAUCUUACACCUUUUUGUCAGGAAGUGAGAAUGGUACUGUACCAAAUCUGGACUUACAGUGGGGAGGAAUACUGUAUGCUAAAUUGCUUUUGUGUUUUAAGUUACUUUCUAUGAGAAAAGUGGUGAAUUUGUUUUUCUUCUCAGCUACUUAGUCCUGAGAUUUUUUUUUUUCUUUAAACCUUGAAUGAGUAAUACAAAAGGAGCCCAUUUUAUAAUAUAAACCUUGAUGCACAUGUUGAUAUAUCUGGACAAUGAAAAUGCCUUAAAAAAGAAUGCUUAAUGAAUAAUGUUGCACUUACAGCACCCUUUAACAAAACUUAAUUUUAAAUUGUCUUUUUGUUUUCUACUAAGGGUUCUCUGUUUCAGUGUCUGCCAUUGUACUUAUGACUGUUAUUAAAUACCAAAUCAAGUAAUAUAAAAGCUGUAACAUUUCCUUUAAAAUUAAAUGCUAACAAGGGAUUUGGAGUUGGAUGGCAAAAUGUUUAUUACUUGACAAUAACUAUUAUCAGCCACAAGAAUCCAACUUACAAGACACCAUUGUUUGGUUGAUUUGUCUUUUUAAACAUUUAUUUUCAUUUUAAACUGUUUCUCAAACAUUUUAGUUGGAUUAACAUUCACUUUGCAAACAGAUAUAAAAAUAAAACAGGUGAUUUUUUUCUUUA